CUCAAAUCUUACCCGUUCCCCUUACAUAGCUCUUUACUAACGCCAUGGCCACGCUGCUAUUUCCCAACUGAAUCGUUCGAAGCCACAUGAAACGGAAAAGUGUGGUAGCAGUUGUGCUUUGCGUGACCUCAGUUGAUGGCUAUAGCCCUGAGUCAAGUUGCAAUGCAGACGUCCCAACGACGCUAACAUCGGCCUUAGUGCAGACGAAGCGACCUCUCUCCAAAGCAAGAGCUAGUGAGGCUACAUCCAGUCCACGAAGUUCAUUUGAAACGGCACCCGCUAGGCUUCCUCCCAGCAGUUUCCCACACGUGGCGAAGGUGCAACACUCGCCCAAGGCCGAGGCGGUGACGCCUGCGAAUUUCCAACCUGACCUUCUGGUUUGGCCCACUUUGUCAGUGGCCUUCACAUUGUGCAGUGCUGUAGUGCUCUUGGCCAUGACGGUGAGGGACAAAGUUCCAGCUCCUGUUUUCCAAGGACAUCAAGGCUAUCAAAGAUGCACCAGAUCUUUGAGCGUUUGGGAUGGCACCAUGUCCAUUCUUUCUGGCGUUAUGGGCGUUGGCGUUUUGUCGAUGCCCUACGUCUUUUUACGAGCUGGGCUAAUUGCAGCGCCGCUGAUCGUGCUGGUGGUCCUUUGUUCAGCCUACACUGCGCACUUAUUAGUUUGGGCUUUGCAAGCGCAACCCUCAUUGCUGACGGCAAGUGACUUCAAAGGCAUCGCUCCCGACUUCUUUUUGGAGAGAGCCUGCGCACAAUCAAGGUCCAAGCUCUACUCAUGGGGCUCAUUGGUGGAAAAUGCCUUUGGCCCGCGAGCACGCAUAGCUGCCAACGUCUUUCUGGCGCUGGAGACAUGGGGAUAUUUGUUGAGCUACAUCGUUGGGGCUUCCAUGAACAUCAGCCAAAUUUUUGGCGAUGAAAAGUCCCAGAAUUUGGCCAUUCUGCUCUCUGUGGCCUUUGCAUAUAUCUUGGCCACUCCGUGGAGUGCCUUGAACGUCAUUUCCAAUGCUGUAUACGUUUGCUGCUUUGUGAUGCUGAUCCUUUCAGGAUGUUUACUUCCAGAGCGAGCGCCGUGGAGCGAGGUGAAGACUCAUGAUGCACAAGGGCUCCUCUCUGUGUUUGGGAUCUUGGUCUUCAGUCCAGCUGCACACGCCUUCUUUCCUGACAUUCAAAGACGGAUGCGGCAACCCGAGCUCUUUCCUAUCUGUUUGAAGGCGGCCUAUGCCGCUGCAGCCAUUUUCUACUUGAGCGUUGGGCUGGCAGGAUAUUUGCUCUUUGGCUCUGCAGUGCAGCCUAGUGCCAUCCAAAAUGUUGGUUGGACCCUGGACUUUCAGCCGAUCCCUCGGAUGCAUUGGUUGGCUGUAGCUUGUGCUGCUGGUAUGGCCAUUCGGCUGCUGGUGAUGCAGGCUUUCGUGCUGCCAACACUGACCUCAUCUCUGCAAGGGCUGUUGGGCACCAGAGAGCAAGCAGCGCGUGAUGCUCCAGGCUUCUUCCUGCCUUGCAUUUUGGCUGCUUCUGCAGGAUUAGCCGCCUUCUUUUCAGCACAAGUGGCAUUGCUGUUGAACUUUUUGGGCGGUGCCAUUUGUGCACAUAUUGCGUUCACGAUGCCGGUGCUGUGCUACUGGAAGUUGUCCAGGCAAUCCCGGCGGCUGCCAUGGUAUGAGCAGUUUGGCCUGGCUUUGGUGUUCCUCACGGGCUGCUGCCUCUCAGUGAUGGGCACUUUGAGCUUUGUUUGGCCAAAUGUAUUGCAUGGAACCUGAGGAG